AUGGCUCGUUUCGCCGCUCUUCUUCCCCUUGCCUAUGCACUGGGCGCCUUUGCUCAGAGUGUGGCAUACAAUGAUCCCAACACUGGCAUUGACUUCAUGAGUUUCCAGGACUCCGAGUCUGGAGCUCGAUUUGGUGUUGCUACACCUGAGACUCUGGGUAAGGACUUUAUCGGUCAGAUCGUUGCCCCCACCAUCCAGGGAUGGGCCGGUCUUGACAUGUCAGCCCAAAUGGCCAAUCACAUCCUCGUCGUUGCAUGGCCCGAUGGCGACAAUGUCCGAAGCUCUGUCCGUGAAGCCUCAGGCUACACUACACCUCCUGUCUACACCGGAAACGCCACAACCACUCCCAUCGCCAACGGUACCUUCGUCAACAGCACUCACUUCUCAUACACUUUCGUCUGCAACGGCUGCAUUACUGGCGACGAUGACAGCUUCCCUAGCACCGUCAAGGGUAAUGCGUUCGGAUGGGCUUUCUCCGAUGAUGCUGUUGCUAAGCCUUCUGUCCUGGACACUGCUUUGAACAUGCACUCUGGGUUCGGUGCCUUCGCGGUCAUCUUCGCCAACUCGUCGUCCUCCAGCUACGACACCUGGGCUUCGUGGGCUGAAGCAGCUGCUCCUGCCCCUAGCACACCUACCAAUGGUACUAUUGGAUCCGGUCAGAAUGGCACUUCUACCGUUCCGGUUGCCACUACCCUGAACACGACAUAUGACUACAUCAUCGCCGGUGCCGGUCCCGCUGGCAUCAUCGUUUCUGAGAGACUUGCAGAGUCUGGUGCCGAGGUUCUCUUGAUCGAGCGUGGUGACGCUUCCACCUAUGCAUCAGGUGGUCGUGCCGUGGAGUCCUGGAACGACACGGUCACGCAAUACGAUGUCCCCGCCAUGGCCUACUACCUUUCAACUGCUGGUGUCACCAACGAGUACUGCACCGACACUGCCGACCAAGCUGGAUGUCUGCUCGGAGGCAGCAGCAUGAUCAACGCCUUAAUGUUCGUCCGCCCUCAAGAACGCGACUUCGACGACAAGUGGCCCACCGGUUGGAAGUGGUCCGAUGUUUCGGCUUCCGCUGAGAGCUUUUACGAGAGAAAUACUGGUACCAUUUCUCCCUCCAAAGAUGGUCAACGAUAUGACCAAGGUGCUUAUGAUGUUCUGUCCACCUUCUUCACUAGCAAUGGAUGGUCAUCUGUAAAUGCGCUUGAGGAACCUAACAAGAAGACUGAUGUCUUCUCGCACCCUCCUUGGAACAUCCAGGAUGGGCUUCGUGCUGGCCCCGUUUUGACUUAUCUUCCUCUCGCUAAGGCGAAGAAGAACUUCCACCUCCAGUUGAACAGCACAGUCAUUCGUGCCGUUCGCGAGUCUUCCUUUGUCACUGGAGUUGAAGUUGAGCUUUUGGAUGGCAGCCGCCAAAUCAUCAAUGUGAAAACUGGAGGCAAGGUCGUGCUUGCUGGCGGUGCACUCAGCACUCCCCGUAUCCUCAUCAACUCAGGUAUCGGCCCUGCCGAGCAGAUUAAGAUUGUACAGAGCGGUAGCGUUGCUGUGACUCUUCCUCAAGAGGCUGAAUGGAUUGAUCUGCCUGUCGGCAAAGGUCUCAAGGAUCAUCCCAUCGUCACCCUGAAGUUCAAGACCAAGUCUUCAUUGUCUUCUCUGGAUACCACUGCCUUCACAGCUCCUAACAACAUGGACAUCGACUCCUUUGCUCAAGGUAGCGGCUUGCUCGUGCAGGGUGGCCAACGCCUCAACUUCUGGUCCUCGGUCAACGGCACAGAUGGCAUCGAGCGCUUUGUCCAGGGAACUUGCAACUCGCCCUCCAACGACACUAUCAAGAUGAAGAUCUACCUUACACACGGACUUACCUCUGUUGGCGAGAUCGGUGUCACCGCAUCCGGCAAGACUGAAUAUAUUACUCAGCCUUGGUUCACUACGACUGAGGACAAGGACGCCCUUGCUGCUUUCAUCGACAGACUCAUCAGUUUCACAAAGACUGCCAACUCCACUCUUACUCUUGAUGCUGGGCUUACUGCCUCCUCCAACGUCACUGGUGCAGACCUCAUUAAGACUUUUGUUACCGGCAGCCACUUUGUCGGUACUGCAUUGAUGGGAACAAAGGAUGGUCGCAAGGGUGGUGAUGCAGUCGUGGACUUGGAUACCAAGGUUUAUGGUACUGACAACCUCUUCGUUGUCGAUGCUUCCUUCCACCCUGAUUUGCCUACUGGCAACACACAGGCGAUCGUCAUGGUUGCCGCUGAGGCUGCAGCCAAGAAGGUCCUCGCUGUCAAGGUCAGUGGCGGUGAUGAUACUCCUGCUCCUUCGUCCACUAUUUCUGCCCUCCCUACCUCGUCUGCCGUCUCAUCCACUGCUGUGGCAACCUCCUCGGCUGCUGUGACAUCGGCUCCUGGAUCUGCUUCUAUCACUUCUGCACCUACGGCAGUCGCUUCUGAGACGGCUACUUUCAGUGGUACUACGGCUGUCACUUCUGUUGCCGUGCCUAGCCCUGCUUACACUGAGGUGCCUAUGUAUGGUCGUUGCGGUGGUAUUGGCUAUGACGGUCCUACGAAAUGUGCACCUGGGUCCAAGUGCAAGGUCCAGAAUGAUUGGUACUACCAAUGCGUGUAG